AUGGGCAAAUCCAAUAACAUUGAAGACAAAUCAAAGAAAAGUAAACAAUAUCAAAAAAUCGAAUGUGACCAAAGAAAACUAGUACUUGAUAUGCUAUUCAAUUAAAAAUUAUCAUUACAAGAGGUAUUAAUUAUAAUCUUUCUUAUCACUCCUCUUCUAUAUCCUUCUAUUUAUAUAAGUUGCUUUUUCAAUUAAUAUCUCUUUAGGUGGCUAGCAAACUGUAAUUGAAGUAUUGCACCGUACGAACGAUCUAGAAGACAUAUGAAAGAGAAGGUCGAAUAGGAAAAAAAGAAACUAGAAAGAAGAAGUUAAAAGUUGAAAGUAUUCUAAAAAUAUGUGUCAUAAAUCCCUUCACUAUGGUUGUACAACCCUUGAGUAUCCAAUCUGAUAUUCAAUCGGUAUUCGUUAUUUUUGUUAUAUUUAGAUAUACAUUGACAAACAACCAUCACAACUUGAUCAGAUAAUCAUAUCAAACCAAUAGCUAUCCUAAUUGCAAACUUAAUACUCUAAAUUCAUUUAGGCGCUUGUAUCUAGGAUGAAUUAACCAAAUUUAAUAUAUUAAUCCACCAUUCAAAGCAUGUUACUUGCAUCGUAACACGUAUUUCAAUCAAUCCUUGAUUUCAACUCUCGAGGAUCAAUCAAAUUAGAAUUUGACUCACAUUCUUAACUGCAGCCAUAAUUACCCUUCACAUAACAACCAUUUUAAUAACAGCUUCACAAAUUACCACAUACUAAGCUAAGAACUUGA